UCCGGGACACGUCAACCAAGUCAGUGCGCAGACGCACUGGAGCCUAGGCUGAAAGCGCUGCUGGAGAGAAGGAAGCUACUUUUUUUGUUCCAUCAUGGAGACUUUAUACAGUUUUCCGUUUGCUGUGCUCGAAUGUCCGAAUAUAAAACUGAAGAAACCGUCAUGGCUGCACAUGCCGUCGGCUAUGACAGUGUAUGCGGUCGUCAUUGUGUCCUACUUUCUCAUCACGGGAGGCAUUAUCUAUGACGUUAUUGUCGAACCUCCAAGUGUGGGUUCAAUGACAGAUGAGCAUGGACACCAGCGACCAGUUGCCUUUCUGGCAUACAGAGUUAAUGGGCAGUACAUUAUGGAAGGACUGGCCUCCAGUUUCCUCUUCACCAUGGGAGGCCUGGGCUUUAUAAUUCUGGACCGCUCCAAUGCGCCAAACAUUCCCAAACUGAAUCGUUUCCUGCUGCUUUUCAUCGGCUUUGUCAGCGUCCUCCUCAGCUUCUUCAUGGCCAGAGUUUUCAUGCGCAUGAAGUUGCCAGGAUACCUUAUGGGCUAAGAACAUGGACGACAGAAAUUUACCAAACAGAAUUGUAGAAUCAGUUUCAAAUAAAGGUGACACUUACCCAAAUCUUAACCUCUCAAGACUGAAAGCACAGACUUUGCUCAAGAAAUGCAACCAGACCAACACCCUCGCCAAAACAAAACCUUUAAAACACAGAGCCUCUGGCAGACCUCUUUCUUAGGCUGUGUAAAUGAUACUGCCUAUUCACAUUUGUUUAAGAAAAGCUGUGUAAAGAAAGCUGUCUAUGACAUGCAGCCACCAAUUUCAGUACAGAAUUAGAACUGUUUGCGUUAUUUUGUUGAGUGUCUGAAAGUGUUUGUCAGUUUUUGUAUUAAAAUCAUUGAACAAGA